UCAAACUAAAAUGUAAACCGAAGACAAAGGUUCCGAAAAUGCUUAGAUGUGUUUACAUCGUGAUUCGUGAUGUCAAAACAGCUGACCGAGGACUGAGGCGCAUCACGUGAUCUCCCACUCAGUUCAUCACCAGGCCAGAUAUAAUCUCUGUCACCAUGCAUGGCAUAGGCAGAGUCCCAGAUGAGGUUGGUCAUCUUAUCCUCAGUGAAGAUGGAGCAGUGAUUGCAUCAGGUGGAGAACUUGAGAAUGCUGAGCAGAUGGCCAACACUGUGCUCUGCAUGCUGACUCGCAUCAACAAAGGUCAGCUGUGGCCAGGAGACUCAGGAGAUGCCUUCAAGAAAAUCUCAAUAACCUACACGGACCACAGCUACGUCAUUUGUCUAUCCAACAAGAACAUUCACAUUGUGAAGAGAAGAUUUGUUCCACAUGAGCCAAUCAAAGUGUGACCAGCAAACAAAGAGCACGUUGGCCAUCUUGUGAUAAUGUUAGGUGAGGAGGACACCCCUGCACGCCCGAUCCAGAAGGAAUUCAAAUAGAGAAUGGUGAAGCUUCAGCCACUGCAAGGCUUGUAUUUACUUAAUUUUGGCGCGAACCUCCUGAGCAUCGACCAAUCAGGAGGCUGGAACCCAACGCUGUCAUGUAUUCCUCCGCUGACCGCUAAUUUAUAUGUAACCUUGUGUGCUUCAUAAUGUAUAAAGAGGAAAUUCAGGACAAAAUUUUAUAUAAAAAAAUAAUUUUUAGUGCAUAAAAUUUGUUUUAAUGCUAAUUUAUAAGCUUGUCUUGAAAAUUAACCUAUUGAAAUGAGAGGGAGAGCUACAUAACAAAAAAAAAAAAAAAAAAAUGCAGGUUGCCUCUCUGUACUAAAUUGAAAAGUUGAUAGGCAAUUCAAUGUAGAACCAUAGAACUAAAUACCAAAAAUGACAUGACUUAUAAAUAAAAAUAUGUAUUUCC